AUGGGCAGCGACUUUGGAGAGUUCGUGACACGACGCGAUGCUGCGUUGCCGAGCAUGCGCGGUCGCUCGCUGCGGCGAUUCGUGCUCGCCUACCUGUCGUUUGGCGCGGUGGCCGGCAUCGGCUGGGACGUGUUCCCGCUGGUGCGCUACGGCGUCUGCAGCGAGGGGCUGCCCUUCUACAUGGCGCUGCCCUACAGCGUCGACCAGCCACUUGCCUUCGCCGCCACGUGGCUCUUCUGUUUCUGCAUAACAAUGCACGUUGCCGUGAUCACCAUGGUAUUCGACUCCUACAACGUCAGCCUCUUGGCUCAGCUGCGCCAGCAGCUGAGUGUGCUGUCCGGCAACAUCCGUGCUCUGGCGGACGAGGGAGGUCGCGAGUUGUUGUCUGUCGCGUACUCCAGACAGACCAUGAAGUCGCCAACACAUGUCAAAAGCAAUCAUUUACGUCAUCGUCUGCGGAGCAUCAUUCGCCACCACCAAGCUAUCAUCAGGAACGUUGAGUCGCUGGAGGAGUGCUUGGGAAGCAUGCUGUUAGGGCAAAGCCUGUCCAUCGGGGCCUCCAUCUGCUUCCAGCUGUUCCAGGUUGCCACGAGUGCUGAAAGCCUGGCAGAGGCCGGCAAGUUCGGCUGCUACCUGUCCGUCAUGCUGGCUCAGCUCUUCGUCUACUGCUGGUUCGGAGACGACCUCAUCACAGAGGUUUUAAAUGUGUCUUACUCAUUCUUUGCCAUUCUUCGGAAUUUCAAGGAAGAAUAG